GUGUCUGGACCGCUUCCCACGUACAGACAAGGACAGGAAAGAUUGUGAGAUUUCUAUAUUAUUUUCACAAACAUGGGGCACCACACCGUCAUAACCAGAGAAAAACACGAUGAUUAUAUGAAGUCCACUCGGAAACUGUGCCCAUUUUGUGGCUUUACGAACUUUAUUCCGCAUAUGGUACAUGUCCAUGUUCGUAGACAUUUUGAGACUGCAGUAAGAUACAGAGAUUUCUUCAUUGUCAAAUGCAGCAACCAGUGCCGAGAAAAGGCACAUUUUCACUGCUGCUUUUGUGAGAAGACAAUUAUUAAUAGGUCACAAUUAAUGACCCACAUAUUAAGCCAUGAGCCUCGUGCUGAACCAGGGGUAACUUCAGACUUGCAUAUUGAGAAUGUCAUUAUUAAAGACACAGUGGGUCUGAGCGUACAGGUAGCACAGAGGUUUGGAGCUGAAUCUUGCACUAGAGAGAGCCCUGGAUUGAAAGUGGAGAUGUUUUGUGAUGCAGCAAAUCCCACAUCCAAAUGGAUAAUAGGAACAAACCAGCAGCUACACCUGAAUCUGAACAUCAGUGUGGAAAUGUCAAGAGUUCUACAGAAAGACUUGUUCAAGAAGGUAAAAAGUGUGGAGGAAGUUCCUCCUGAAUCACCUGAAGGAAAAAAAGAUGACCACAACAACAGCUAUCCACCAUCUGACUCAAACAUCAAAGAAAUGAUCCACUACAUGAUGGCACACAAAAAACUUCCCAGUGAGCUUCCCAAGACAUUACUAGAUCAUUCCAGAGAUUUGAAGUCCAACCAGUGCCUUCCAAGGCAUCUGGUGCCCACAGAAUUAAAAUGUAUCAACUGCACAGCUGAAAGCUUAAGUGAUCCAAGACUCAUCACAAAAGAUGCCAAGAUAGUGACAUUUUCUGGUGUAAUCCAAGGCAUAUCUACUUACUACAGACAGUGCCCAAACUGUGAAAUGGUAUAUAGGUACCAAGAGUGGUCAGAUGGAAUACAUAAUUUCAAUGACCACAUUCUUUUGUCAUUACAUUUGUGCAUGUUCCUAAGAAACUCAAUACAGAAUAGUACAGCAGUAAGUAGGGUAAUGGAAACAUUACAUUCAAUUGAAGGUGGGCCUUUUCCUAAAAAUGAACUUGUUUUACAAGCCUAUUUGCACUUUGAGGCCAUGACAGAACUGGAUUAUCAUUACAACUGUGUCACUUGUGGGCACUACCCAAGUGUAGUCGUCAUGGAUCUACACAAGAAGGGAGCCUUCGGCAUGCCUGUGAGUGAAAUUGACCCCCCUCCACCAAAUUAUGAUGGCUGUGUGGAUAUUGAGAAGUUUUGGGAGGCAGUAACAGUAGAGAUGAUAAGCCGAGGUUUUUAUACAAGUGGGAUGAGGAACCCCUUAAUUGUGCCCCCAAGCUACAGCUUUUGGGCGCCAUGGAUUGGUAUUCAUACCAGAUCAUCCAACAACGUUCUCAACACAGAGUACGCUAAGCUUCAUGUGUCACAAGACUCAUCUGAGGAUGACGUACCACUUACAGAAGAAAGGCUUGCAGAUGAGCUGCUAAAUAUCCGGGUUGAAGAAAUAAGGGCCCUUUGUAUGGGAUGUGGAAUAGAUCACAAAGGUUCUAAAAUGGAUUUAAUUAUCCGACUAAAAGAGAGGAUGUCAAAUAGAGUCACCUACAACAAGGUUUUUGAAAAAGUGUGGGGUGCAUCUGGUGGCUGGGCUGUUAUAACCUGCCCUUGUGGGGUUGUGUACUCUGUGAAAUUUAACAUCAGAGCAGAGAGCCCUCGUGAUUAUGCUGAUCUCCUGCUUUCAUGGAAACAUGUUCCCAAUGUUGCCGUCUACGACUUCCCAAGGGGACUAGCCUCUCAUGCAAACCAUCGUUCAAAGAAUUUAUUUAAUCCUUUUGAGGGUCGAUUAUUGGAACCAUCUGAAGAAAAUAUCAAGAAGGCAUCAGAAAAUGACUUGAAAGUCAGUUUGCCAUGGCUUAACCACAGGAAAGAACCAGCUGAUCAGGAUGGUCAUCCUGUUACUGGUUCAUGUGAGCAUUUUGUCUUGUCUGAUGUGUUCCAUCAGAACAACAGUAAGGAUCCUAGGGAUUCCUUGAGAAAGAUUGGCCUUGUCCCGGAGCUUGCAGGAAAAAUCAACAGUCAGAGAGCUGAGCAACUCUUUUCAGAUAUGAAGAAAAAGAACUACUUCCUUAACAUGAUGAAACCAUCAUCCCACAUUUUCCUUGCAAGAAAUAUUUUGCACCAUAAAAAUGUUGCACGGAACAAUACGGUUGUGAAGCAGUUAAGAAAAUGUAUAGAUGAUGACACGGAAUUACAGUUUGAUUGCAAUGGAAAGAUAAUUUUGGGUGCAGCCGUGAAUCCUCGAUCUUCCAACACUGUUGAUAUUGCAGCAUGCAGUCAAAUAUCAGGUGCAGCCAUGAAUCCUCAAUCUUCCAACACUGUUGAUAUUGCAACAUGCAGUCAAAUCCGCCACCAUAUGAAGAGCACACGUCACAGUGUGACAAGCCACAAGCCCUUCUGGGCAGUGGAGGACAUGCUUCCAAACAAAGCCGUUUGGGGCAAACAAACCCCGCUUUCCGCAGGGAUAUCAGUGUGUAUGUUGCUAAUUCUUACGUGGUAGCAACCUGGCUUCCGCCACUCUCUGGUUUCCCAGAGUUGUCCCUUCCGGCUAAUGUCGGCCAGACAGACCUUGUGGUUCUGCCUGCUUGGGUACCUGGCCACUGGCUGCUGUGUGAACAUUGCAAAACUCAUUGACAACCGAGAGUGGACAGAGAAAACUGCGAUUAAAUUUGAAGUGAAACAUUUCAUUUAAAUGCAAACAAAAGUCUAUUUCAUUACACAAUGUGUGCUGAUGAAAGAAAAUCUGUGAAGGUAAAUGUAUGUACUUGUUUUAAUCCAAACCACAGGGAAUACCCAAGCAGGCAGGUGGGAACAACUGUGGAAUCUACAUACUGAUGUACACUCUAUACAUGGCUUUGGGGCUCCGAUUUGAUUUUUCAG